UUUCUCAUCGUGUUCCUCUCGUUGUUGACAAAUCCCUUCUCUUAUAGAAAUAUAGAGAGAGAUUCCAUUCUUUCUCCCCUCAACUCCUCUUCGUCUGCUUUUUAACACCAAUUGGAGCUCUGCUUUUGCUCUCUUCUGGGUUCUUCUCUCUGCAGUUUCUCAGCUCAGAAACCGCAAGCAAUUCAAAGAGACUGUGAGGUUUAUUCUUUUGAGGUGGAAUUGGUGGCUAUUCAAUUGGAAACAUGUCGUGAAUGUUACCAGUCGCAUUUGAAAGACUAAUUUAUGAGGAUUCCCAAAUAAAUUUGGGUGCGUGACAAUGCUGUUGUUGUGAUAGAAGUUGGUAACAGUGAGAAGGUGUAUUCUUGGGAUUGCGGUUGAUUUGUUUAAGAAAGUGAAGAGGAGAAGCGAACCAUAUUGGAUGGGUAAUAAAUUUGGUAAAAGGAGACAGGUGAUUGAUGAGAAGUAUACAAGGCCGCAGGGUCUCUACCACCAUAAAGAUGUGGAUCACAAGAAACUCCGGAAGCUUAUACUUGAAUCGAAGCUUGCUCCAUGCUAUCCUGGAGAUGAAGACUGCACUCGCGAUCUUGAAGAAUGCCCAAUUUGCUUUCUGUAUUAUCCAAGUCUCAACAGAUCAAGAUGUUGCAUGAAAGGCAUUUGUACUGAGUGUUUUCUCCAAAUGAAAGUUCCGAAUUCAACUCGGCCUACGCAGUGCCCUUUCUGUAAAACCACCAACUAUGCUGUAGAGUUUCGAGGUGUCAAAUCUAAGGAGGAGAAGGGCCAGGAACAAAUUGAAGAACAACGAGUCAUAGAAGCAAAAAUUAGAAUGCGACAAAAAGAACUUCAGGAUGAAGAGGAAAGAAUGCAAAAUAGACAGUCAAAUUCUUCUGGAAGAAACAUGGCACCAAUUGGGGAUGAAUACAGCUCUGUAUCUGUUCCAACUUCCAUUGAUCCUGCGGAUGGAGAGGAAAUUGUUUCUUCUCAUGAUUCAUGUGCUUCAAUGUUUAGGCCAACUCCGCCUCCGGGAGCAUACAGGGAGGAUGAACUUGAUCUGGAUCUUGAUGAUAUAAUGCUCAUGGAAGCAAUUUGGCUUUCUAUUCAGGAGAAUGGGAGACAUAAGGCUCCAACUUAUGUUGAUGCUGCUCAAUCUGCACAAUUUGUCACAAGUCAAAGCUAUGAUUCAUCAGCUAUUAUACCUUCAGUUUCAGGGUCAUCAUCAUCCCCAUCUAGAGGUCUUGCUUGUGCAAUAGCUGCCCUUGCGGAACGGCAACAGACGAGUGGAGAAUCCUCCAUUGAUUCAGGUGGCAAUAAUGUAUCAACUUUUAAUAUGUGUCCAGGCACUAGCAGGUUUUACAACAGGGUGCGAGAAUCUGAGAAUUAUCAGCCUGGAGUUAGUCUUUCUGAAUUGUCAAUCGAUCAUAGGAUGGCUUUGACUCAAGAUGAGAGAGAAUGGAAUGGUGACACAACGCAGUCAAGUUAUGCAAGCUCAGACACAACCGAAGAUCCUGUCACUACUUCUGCAUUGCCUACAUUGGAUGAGACUGAGAGUGAUCUCCAAAAUGCCCCAGGCCACAUUGUUCCGGAGAGUUUUGAGGAGCAAAUGAUGCUGGCCAUGGCUGUUUCCCUGGCCGAGGCAAGAGCUGUAACCAGUGGACCUGGAGUUUCGUGGCAGUAGGUAGUUUCAGUUCUGCUAUACUUGCAACAGCAGUUUGUUGGCUGGAUCUCGAGCAAGCAAAUACACAAAAAAAGUGCCCGUAUCAACUAGUUGAACGGUCAAGGUAGGUGAUGAUUCUCAGUCACUUUGUCAGUGCCAGCUGCCAUUCUAUAUAGAUGUCAAGGGAAAACUGUUUAUCUCAGUGAAUGGAAGGCCUCUAGUUUUGCUGUUUAUUAAUCAUUUCUUCACUUCCUCCCCUCUAUUCUAACUGACUCACAGCGUGAUCUGAGUUGCAAGGCUUGAUAUCGUAUUUGAUCAGUGUAAGCCUCAUAUUUCAUAUGUCAACAUUGAAACGCAGCCGUCUCAUGAUAUUAGUGUUACAGUCGCCUAUCCAGAACAAUGCCCAAGAUACCUUUCCUGGGCUGUACACUUGCAUUCCAUACUGUGGAGGUGCAGCAUGCUUACAGAUAAAGAAGUAGAGGGGGAAUUAGAGUUGUA